CCCCGCCGUCUAAGCUGCGGAUCUCCUCCGGAUCUUCGGCAGGAUUUAUUUAUUUCCUAUUAAAACUUCGCUAAAAGCUGAAGCGCUCCUCCCAUGCUGUCCCCGGGAGACUCCCCGGCAUUCACUCGACUUCACGGAAACUAUCGGCGACCGUUUUGGGGGUCUUGAAAAAUCAUGGAAACGUGGUUUUUGAAUCACGUCCUCGGUUUGUCUCUUUUGGUCCUCCAUCUGGGUCUACCGGGGCCCCUCGGGGCUGGGACCCCCAGUAACUACAGCACCAAUCCGGUAACAGCAGGACUGCAUUAUUCAACGGCCACAGAUGAACUCAGAACCGUGGAAAACAAUGCAACUUCAACUUCAUACUCAAGCGAGGCUUUAUCACCAUCACAGAGGAACCUCCUGCUCAGGCACACUGCAGAAACUCACGCUGCUACUGCUCGAAACUUCGGCACAGAACAGACACAAUCCAUUACAGAAACAAGCAGAGGGUCUCUAGAGACUAAAAAUCCACUGUCUACUGAGCCACUUACCUCCAACUUUGUAACCGCCACUGAGGCCAGCAGCAGUAGUAGCAGCAGCAGCAGCAGCAGCAGCAGCAGUAGUAGUAGUAGCAGCAGCAGCAGUAGUAGUAGCAGCAGCAGGGACUGGAAGGACUUCACUAACACAGACCAGAUGCCAGGUUUUUCUCAUGUGUCAGAGCAGGAUAGAACCUCGGUGUUUACAGAGGAGGCCAGCAUGCACCAAGACAGCUCAGACACAACACUCCGAAUGAGGGAUGCCACAGCUUCAAUGUCCCACACAGACACCCUCACCGACAGCACCUACACCACCACCAUCAGCCGAGCUGGGGAGAGGACCUUGCUGUCUGUUACCUCCUCCUCCAGCAAUAGCACCUCAUCUGCCUUUACAGAAGACUCCAACUCCCAUCAGCCUCCUUCCACUUGGGGUAUUCCUUCUAAGCCUGCAGGGACUGAGGACUAUACCCACAGUGCCCCGUCCACAAGGAUUAAUGAAAGGGAAACAACAGAUCAGCAUGUGACCGAUCCCUUCAAAGGGGGGUCAGAGGGGACAGAGACUGGGAGCCCAAUGGGAUACAGAGGAACCCAGAGUUUUACCGGACAGCCCAAUGCCACCGAACAUCAACGCACAUCAACAUCAGAGGAGACAUCCGACUCAACGCCCCCUCUCAGGGUAACAGAGCCCAGCACUGACCAAUCUGAAGUAUCAUUUUCCUCUACACCCCCUUUCACCUCACCUGCAGGAGGUCCUACCAACAUCUCCGGGACAGAGCACGGGUUGGGUUCUAGUUCUGGAGUUUCUACGGUGUUUUCAACUGGAGAUCACAGUACCAGCACUCAGGGUGGCACCGAAGGGCUUGCAUCCAAGACCACAGAGGAAAGUGUUGACUUGGGUCUGACUGCAGUGCCCCCUACAGUCAGUAGUAGUACAUCCGAAAUGAAUCAGUCUCUGACAGAUAUGCCGCCACUGGUUACUAAUGUCUUCCUCACCACCUCACCUGUCACUGUUACAGAAAGAUCACAGAUAACAGAAGAGGACCCUACCAAAUCCACUGCUUCCAGCACCGCCAUCACCACACCAACCACCACCUCCACCACGCCUAUCACCACUCCUCCUCUUGUUCCAACCUCAUCCUCAGUGUUGACUAGCACCACAACUAGUUCUCCUCCACAGUCCCCUACCAGUGCCACUGUCCCAUACAGUUUGUCCUCCACUGUAGCCUCCACCCUGGCAGCGCAACCAACCCAACAUGUGCCACCCAGCCACACGCAGGGUCCUGUGACUGGGAUGGCUAACCCUACUGAUGCCACCACCCUGCAGACUGAAGCAAGCACAGGAACUCACAGAGUCACCACAGCUCACAGCCAGUUCAUCACUACCACCUACACUCACAGUACCCCAACCAAGAGUACAGAAGCUCUGCACACCACUGGGAAACAGACAGAUAGAGGUCCUACAGAGCUGGUGGUGACAACACCGCCCCCUGAUGUCCAGCACACCAGUGCACCGCCACCAUCACCAAAACUUUUAAGAAACCCCUGUGUGUCAAACCCGUGUAAUAAUGGAGGGAUGUGCGUGAGCAAUAAAGCGGGUGAGUUCAGUUGUAGCUGUCAGCAGGGAUGGACGGGACAGACCUGCAACCAGGAUAUUGAUGAGUGUAAGCAAGACCCCUGCCCCGCUGGCUCCAAAUGCAUUAACACAGAAGGCUCAUUCAAAUGUGAAUGUCCGCUUGGCUUUGACCUCGAGGACGGACGCACGUGUACCAGAGCUAAGACGUUUCUCGGCAUUUUCAAUGGUAACAAAUUGCCACAUAACCCUGAUAUCCAAAGAGAGAUCAUUAAGCUGCUCAACGUUUCACUCUCUGUCCUCCGAGGUUACAGGUGCUCAACACUGACUAAGAAAGAGGAGGAUGGCGUUCGUAUCUUGGCUGUUAGCAUGUUUUCCAUCUCCGCUGAUGUGAUGACUGCUGAGGUCAACAACAGCAUCCAAACGUCUCUCAGCAACUGCAACUCCUCAUUGGCCCACUGCCAUGUGGUCCUGCAGUACAAGCUCACAUACCGCGUUGAGAGUCUUUGUGUGGCUCAGAAGACUCAGUGUGAUACGGAGCGCUCCAGCUGCACAGACAGCAGUGGUACCGCAUACUGCAAGUGCCGUGAAGGAUACUACAAACACAAUCCUGACGAUUUGUCCUGCUUAGAAUGUGGAGAUGGCUACAAGCUGGAAAAUGGCACCUGUGUCCCGUGCAUGUUUGGAUUUGGAGGAUUCAACUGUGGAAACUUUUACAAACUGAUUACAGUGGUAGUGUCACCUGCAGGGGGCGCCCUGCUCCUCAUCCUGAUCAUCGCUCUUAUUGUCACCUGCUGCAAGAAAGACAAAAAUGACAUCAAUAAGAUCAUCUUUAAAAGUGGAGACUUGCAGAUGUCCCCGUAUGCAGACUUCCCUAAAAAUAACCGGAUAUCCAUGGAGUGGGGGAGAGAGACAAUAGAGAUGCAAGAGAAUGGCAGCACAAAAAACCUGCUACAGAUGACUGAUAUCUACUAUUCUCCUGCCUUGCGUAACUCAGACCUGGAGAGAAAUGGCCUGUACCCAUUCCCAGGUCUUCCAGGCUCUCGCCACUCAUGCAUCUAUCCUGCCCAGUGGAACCCAUCUUUCAUCAGUGAUGAUUCACGGAGAAGAGACUACUUCUAAGCGCCCCACCUUGAACACACAAACGAUCAGAAACUUAUUUUUUUAUGCUUACAAUUGGGAUGUGUCAUGAUGGAUUUUUCUGUCACUAUUACAAUGCCACUGUGUGCAAAACCCAUUGGACCAUCUGCAUUCAAGGCUGCACACUAAAAGUGUUACUGUGUGUGUUUGUGUGUGUCUGCAUAUUAUGAAAGCACACAUUUUUGCAAGUAAAAUGUGUAAGCAUUUCAGUGUUUUUGCAUGUUUUGGCCCAUUUACUUUAGCACACGUAUUUUUCGCAGCACUGCUGUCGUAUUUAAUGGGUUUUUCCUGCCUUACAUACAGCCACCAAUACUCAUUUGCUCCAGUGUGUAGGUCGGUGAUCCAUUAUAGUUAACAUCAUGUCUGCCUCUCCUACUGCCAGAGGUUGGGUUGUUGCUGGCUGGUAAUGCAGCGCAGAUUUGCUUGAAAAAAAUCUGCUUAAUGAUAAAUAAAGGCAUUCAUGAUGCUCCCAUUGUGCUCACCAGAUAUGUGGGAAAACACAAGAACAGCGUAAUGCGGUAUCCUUUAGAGGGAUAAACCGCAUCGCGUGUAGCAAACAGACAUGCAAAGACAGAUAAUGUUGUUCCUUAAAAGUGAAAUAUGAAUAUGUGUGUGCCAAUGCUGUGACAACAUGACAAUAACAAACCACUGAAGGAUGUACAAAGUUUAGUUUCAUGCCAGUAGAAACUUAGGAAUAACUUUGUAGUCUGUUGCCAACAUUUAUUUAUUCCUUGUAUGUCCAGUUCAACGACAUGUAGCGUAGCAUCUCGUACAUACACUCUGAUGUUAGAGGGAUAAACCUGUGGCUUUAAAUAAGUGCGUGCAUGUGUGUGUGUGUGUGUGUGUGUGUGUGUGUGUGUGUGUGUGUGUCUAUGUGUGUGUGUGUGUGUAAGGAAUAAUUAUCUGUAUACCAGGAUCGUUACUGUUGUUUAGUAUUUGAAUGUAAAGAUGUAUCAUAAUUAGCUGUUUCUGUCAUGGAUUAUUAUUUUUAUUUGAUUAUUUUCUAACUUUUGUUGAU